AUGAACCCUGGCCCGCCGUCCUCCAAUAAGUCCGAUUCUAUUCAGUGCAGCGACCGCAAGUCUCAAACCUUACCUGCUGGGGAGGCUCAGCGGUCUUCCUCCCUGGAACAACUGAACAUAGCAACAAGGAGACUCACCAUUAUGACGAUCUCAUCCGGUUCCAUAUAUACAGAUGAAAAAGAGACCGAAGUGAUGAAUUUCCACGACAUCUACGGCGCUUCUGAGGACAAUGAUCACCAAAGUGUGGAUCUGGAGAAAGACUUCUCCCCUCUUCCCGAUCAGGCUUCAGACUCGAGUGACUCUGCCUUCGACAUCCCAUAUUCGAAGUCAUCUUCGAAUCACCCGUCUAUUGAAGCUGCGUCAGUCGGAGACACCCAUAGCACCCAAAAUUUGCCUACUCUUGGGUCUCCUCAGUCUCAAAGCCCCUUUUCAAACGAACCCUCUUCUAUCACCACGUUUGCUUCCAGCGCUUACCCUUUGCAGGGGGAUGCUGAGUAUCGCCCUACGACAACUGUUCUGUCCGCUUUCUCGAGUACUGCGAGCAAUAAAGAUGGGAUUGUACACCCUUGCCCUCAUGCACUUGCUCGAGUCAAUGUUCCCCCCUGCACGGACUCCUCGGUUUCUCUACCUAUCAGGCCCCCUCGGAAUCCUUCACGCCCCUUGCUAUCAUUGGAUGGUCAGGAAAGUGUUCUCUCUCCUCAACCAGCACUCAUUCACCCCUCAUCAUCCACUCUUGAGAUCCUGCGCAAGAUCACGCAUGAUUCGAGAGAGUCGCCCAGAAUAUCUCCAAUCAAAUCUUUGUCUAUUAUGAUCAAGAAGACUCUAAGGCAUUCUAAGAGUAUGCCAGGCCUGGAUAUCAGCCACGAAGCUUCAGAACAAAGGGACCAUAAACUUUCUGCGAGAUCUGUUCGGGUACAUUUUGUUGAUGAGGACAUGGCUACGAAAGAAAGCUCCUACAUACGCCAAUAUGACUCUUGUGUGGAUUUAUCCCAGACCAAGGAACAAGGUGUCUACGCACCUUACAUUUCGUUCCCAGUAACUGCUUCCUCGUCGAUGGCUUUCCACCUCCCCAAGAGACUUGCUGGGCUACCGGUACCUGUCAGCUGUCCUCCGAACUCGCCUGCGCUAUCUGCUGUUACCACUGUUUCUGACUCGACUACUCUUGUCAACCCCUCUCCUCGGAUUCCUGAAUUGACUCUUGCCGAUGACGAUACGUCACGAUUAAACACAAAGGUGCUCCCCAACGGAAGACCAGUACUGAACGAAGACGACGAUGGGCGACUCUGGUAA